UAUAAUGUCCUACGCUUCGCUCCGGACAAUAAUCAAUCGAUGUCACGUAUGUUGCGUCUCACGACUCUCAAGAUGUUCGAGUUGAUUGUUAAUGAGUACCUUCAACAAACGGUAUAUAAGGAUUGGUCUAUUAUUUCUUUACUACAAUAUAUCAAAUCAAAAUCUGUAUUAUCUGCUGAUAUGAUCGAAACCCUAAAAACAGAAAUAUAUUUAGUCCUACGAAGCUUCAGUGAUCCUAUCAACAUCAAUCUUCAUGAGAAUGCAAAAAAAAGAACGUGGAAAGUUUUAUCAAAAUUUGAUAAAUCAUUCUCUACAACUGUCGUGAAAAGUUUUAUUGAAGAGUUAAAAUUAGAAGAUGAAAGAAGGGCAUACCUUACAACUUUGUCUCGCAAAAUAACAUCGAUAAAUGCAUUACAAUUACUAGAGGAACAACGUAUGGCAAAGAAAUUAAUUGAAGAUAUGCACAACAAAGACGUGAAAGAUUCUACCUCUGCUAUAGAUGAUCAUACGAAGUGGAAGCAUGAUGAAUUACAAUUACUAGAGAAAUUAAUUGAAGAUAUGCGCAACAAAGACGUGAGAGGAUCUACCUCUGCUAUAGAUAAUCAUACGAAGCAGAGAUCUGAUGAGUCUCAUUCUCUGGAUAAUGAUGAAAUGUUGGCGAAAAGAGCGAGAGUAGAAAUUGAAAGUCAAAAUACAACUAUUUAUGAAAACGAUGAAAUAUCACCGCUAGUUAAUAUUAAAACAUUAACUUCUCCCGUCGAAUCCGAAGAAAUUAAAAAUAGAGACAGAGGAUCUUAUUAA